AUGGCUGGAGUCGAGGACGAGUACGGCAAUGUUGCAGUACUCCACAUCAACACGCACGAUCGUCCUGACGUUGAUGUCCUGCCACUUGGUUCGGUCAUUGCCAUCAAGGAACCGCGGCUGGAUGUUCGAAAACCCCCCGAGCCUGGGGAUCAGCUGCCAUGCUUUCUUACCGUCGAGCACAUCUCGGAUCUCAUCAUACUUCACCCUCUCCAUCAGCUCACACCCCUCGCCUUCCGACAGGCUUCUGUGCAGCCAGAGACCGAGCAGACUGCGCUCGAGUGGAAGUCGCUGGGCAACACGGCGCUGAAAGCAAACAGCAUGCAAUUGGCAAGGAACUACUACUCGGCCGGACUCGCAGUUGCUGGCAGUCAUCAAUCAGAACUCAAGCAUGAUCUGCUUCGCAAUCGCGCUCUGGCGAAUCUCAAUCUCGGCCGAUGCGAUGCCGCCCUGGCGGACGCCUUGGCCUCCAUAUCUGAACCGUCCAGCAUUGAAUCUCAGAGGCUCAACUUCAAAGCCUACCACAGGGCCGGUCGCGCCGAGUACCUCCUCGGUAACUUCACCGAGGCAGCAGGCGCAAGGCGGGCAGAGGCCGACGGUCGAUACGACUUCGAAGCCAUCGUCGCUGGUCUAUCUCACACCCAUCCCAAACUUGACGCCGCAAGCUUCUUGAGCAAGGUCGACGUCAUGCCCAGCGAGCUUCAUGGAAGAGGGCUUUUCGCCAAUCGAGAUAUUGUCCCUGGUGAGCUGGUGAUGUGCGAGAAGGCUAUCUCCAUCGUCUAUGGUGACCUCACGCGACCAAAACCAGUGCUCAAAUACUUGGCCCACAAGAAGGAGUGCAAGGUUACAGGCAAUCUGGCGGGAGCGCAUCGUCAACUUGCCAAGAAACUGUCUGACAAUCCAUCACUGAUCACUAAGGUCCUCGAGUUAGCCACCAAGCCGAUCGCGAGGGAUCAAGAAAUUACUCGAUACUACCAGGAUUUCCGCCAGAACCUUCCCGCGGAGGAUCUCCUUCGUGGAAGCUGGGACUUCGUCUGCACAUCCCUGGACAUUUGCCUCGAGUGGUUGAGGUACUUCGGUCUGGUCGUGACCAUCCAAGGUGAGACGGUGAAGGUCGAUCGAACGCUGUCAACCUCACAUUCCAGGAUCUCUGCAGCCUAUCUCCUCACCGCAAAGACGAUGCAGCAGACAGGCCGGGCGCAGCUCGGGCAGCGGUUCGUGGAGCUUGCGAAAGAGGCUUACCUGAUCUACAACGGCACAAUGCAUGGGUACCACCACCUCGCCGCCGUGAUAUAG